AUGCGUGGCUGGCGCAGUGUGGAGGUUGCGGUGCCUGCCUCUCUGUGGUGCUGCACGGCGUUGCCUGACUCUCCCGUUGCCCUCUCUCUCUCUCUCUCUCUUUCUCUUGUGCCGGUGUUGUUUGCCGCCCUGAUGGUAGGUAGACUGCGCGGUGGCCGGCGGUGCCACCCCUCCCUCCCCCGUGACCGCUGCGAUGCGAACGGACAGCGAAAACACAGACGCUGUGCUUACCGCUCUCACCGCGCCUGCACCUGUGCUGUCCAAGAUGCGGCGCCCUGCCGCUCCUCCGGCUUCCUCCUGCUGCUGCUGCUGCUGCUGCUCCGUGCGUGA